UUACGUAACUAUGCAAUUUUUUACGUCCUUUAAAUAGAUUACAUAAAACAUAAGGGAGGAGUAACGUCUCAGAGGAAGAUAAAAUAUAUGUAUUGAAUUUUACAGUUACCGUAAUACACUUUGAAAAUCAGAUGUUUACUGUAUAAAAUUAACAUCAGUAGUGAAGGAGUGGGAAGGCAAGGUAAAGCGUUCUCUCUCUCUCUCUCUCUCUCUCUCUCUCUCUCUCUCGCCGAGUAUACAAGGCAGUUUCAUCUUUGAGCAUGGAGCAAGGACGCGGAUGUAUGCUGGGUCAUUUUGUAUUGUGGCUACGGUGGGGAGGGAGGGAGAGGAGGGAGAGUGGGGUACUGGAGGAGGGAGAGAACACUAAAGACAGCCUUCCACCCCAGCCCACGCCUCACCCACUCCCCAUCCCUCUCUCCCUUCUCUCCUACCCACCACCUCAGACCGACGCCGAUGUAGUAUACAGGGGGUGACUGCCCUAAACGGACCGGUGUUAUAUAGAAAGCCCCCUUCCCUUCCCUCUCCCUCCCUCUCUCCACCUCUCCCCCUCUCUCCCUCCAUCACAUUUGUCGCAGUUGAUUGAUCAGUGGGUUGGAGAAGAUGAAUGGUCGUGAAGGAUUAUUAGGCCAUUGAUUUUGUUUGGGUCCAAGAAUAAUGCAUGUAGAAUCGAGAAUUAUAAUGCGCAUGUAGAUUGUUGUGUAGAUAGGCAUCAUAGUAUAUAGUAGAUUAUGAUAUCGUAUUAGUAGAUUAUAGCAUUGUAGAAGUUUGUCAGUGAGUGCAUGAGUGUUUCUUUCUAGUGAAUUACUUGUUUGAAUGUUGUUAUUGUUUGUACAGAAAGUCACACCUUAAACAUAGAUUAUUGAUUCGUUGAUAGACUGCGAGGUAAUUUAAUUGAUUUUUUUUAAUGUGCGGGAAUUAGUAAGGGUAAUGAAUCGAUCGGGACUUUCGAUGUAGUUCUUUCUCUAUCGACUAAAAUAUUUAUAUUCACACACUUGAGACAAAAUGUAGAACUCAUAUAUAUAAAGUUCUUCGUUUCAGUCCAGAGCUCCACAAUGCUUUCCUUGCACGUCAUUCCCUUCCUGCUAACACUCGUGACUAAGCGCUCACUACAAGCACCAUCAAGGUAAAACAGGAAAAAGAGUAAAGGCCCGGUCCCACAGAAUUAUGGAUGAAAUACGAAUGAAUCGAGGAUGCUAGUUUUGCUGGGUUCCAGCCGUCCGCAGUCAUCCGCAACUAAAAUUAACUUUUUUUCCGCAAUAAUGUGCGGAUAUGAACCGUAUGAAUUACACACGUAUUAAGAAUGUGUCGCGGAUGUAUUACGAACAAAAGCGGAAAGCAUUGCGAAAGCCCUCUGAGGGUGAGAAAUACCGUUAUAUCAGGCCGGAUGUAUUGCAAGUAUUAGACGGAUACAAUGCGGAAAAAGCGUAUAUUUUGCAUAUGUAUUCCGAAAGCGGAGCGGAUGCAUUGCAAACAAAGCGAAUGAAUAGCGAACACAUCGUGGAAGGAUGGAUGAUGUAGAGCGGAUGUAUCCCGGAUAUUGCGCAUGCACUGCGCAUGUGUGGCAUUUGAGUUGCUGAGGUAUAAAAAACGGGCGCUUGCUCUGUUUCUCAGCAGUACGCCAGCCAACUUGGAAGGAGGGAGAUAUCGGCCCAACCUUUCAAGAAGCCCCAGAAGCCAGCUGGGAUGUCUCACAACCCCACCAUCAAGAAGAGGGCGACGCCCUUGGCUUUUGGGUUAACUACUGCUCCUACCCCAGCCCCUACUCAGAAGCCAAUCAAGAAAAUGAAAAAGCAGCAUGCAGCUGUAGCUCCAGACAACGACCCCGCCCCACCCCAGGACAAAGCAGUUAUCCAGCCUACACCCAAGGACCAGCCUUCUUCAGCCAGGAAAUCUCCCGAAGACGAGUCUCCUUCAGGCAGCAACGACUGCGAAGAGCCUCCUUCGGCCAUGGACGGCCCAGAAAUCCAGCCUCCUCCAGCCAGGGCGCCUGACCAACAUGAAGAAGAUUCCGCUUCUGACGAUCCUCGCGCCCAGCUCUCCCAAGGCACUAGUAAAGGCAGUUGCAGGUCAAAGCCCCGCAGGAACUUUCAGCUGACGCCAGAGCAGGAGGACAAUCUUCUAGAAUGGUUGAGGGAAAAUGAGCUCCUCUGGCGCCGGGGGCACAUGCAAUUUAAAGACGUCCACAAGAAGAGGGGCCUGUGGGAGAAGAAGGCGCAGGAGUUUGGCCUUACAACUGAGCAUCUUCAAGGCUGGUGGAGGGGAAUGCAAACCUGGUUCGUGAAGCUGCACAAGGUCAAGAGUGGCCAGGCAAGGAAGAAGCUGACCGACCGAGAGAUGUACGUCUUGCAGAAGUUCAGUUUCUACGAGGGACAGCUACGCCACCGAUCCACAGCGCCACUAAAACCACUUCCUCGGGGCGUGGAGGCAGACGCUCUAGGACAGCUGUCGGAUGUUGGUGACUUGGAUGCUGGUGAUGGACCUGCUGGUGAAGGACCUGCUGGUGAUGGUGCUGCUGAUGCUGACCUGCCAACAGACCGUUAUUUGGACCAGGACCAGUUUCUCUCCCAACUUGAGAGGGGUGAUGUUAAGAAGUUAAAGACUCCUAAGUGCCCAGCCGGUGGCAGCAAGAGGAGGACUGCCACGGAGGAGGAGGACGUGCUAAAGGACAUCCGGGACAGCAUGAAAGUUAGCACUGAACUGCUGUCUCAGCUAGUGCACAAGAGUGACCAGGGACCCAGGGAGCCCUUCAUCACGUAUCUGUCAGAAACUUUGAGAACACUUCCCGAGGACCAGUACCACGUGGUGAUGAAGCACAUUAUAUCUCUCAUCAAUAAUCUUCCUCAUCCUGCGGCAACUUUUGGCCCGCACCAGUGGCAGUAUUCACAGCAGUACCCAUUCAGUCAGCCCGUGAACAACUCGCAGCAGCAGUACCCCUUCCAAGCACCGACCUUCCAGCAGGCACCCAGCACCACCUCCCUCCAGACAACCCAGGAAUUGACGCAGCCCCAGUACACGCGGAUGGCACCGUCGACGAGCACCCCAUCUACCAUCCCUACAAGCACCAUCAAGGUAAAACAGGAAAAAGAGUAAAGCAAAAAAACAACCUUGAUCGUAUAGUGCAAGAAAUAUUGUUACCACAGUUUUAAUUCACCAGAAAACAUGAAGCUCUUGAAUGAAAUAAUUGAAUACAUAAACAAUUGAAAAUAACGUUGCAUAAUAUGAAGUUAUUAAAAGUAGUGUCAAUGCAUUACACGCGUGCUAAGUAUGUGUGUUGGUCAGCUUAUUGUCUGGCUCGUGACUUGGCAACCCACAGAAAGCUAGUCUUCAUGUUUCCUCGCGAGUUUUAUCUGCAUUUCAUUUUUUAAGAACGUUCAUAAAGCUGUAUAUCAAAACAAUGCCAUAUAUGAAUCAGUGAGAGCGUAGUGUUUCUCUCAAGUUAUUAAACACUAGCCGUUGGAAUUUCGUGGAUUUGAGCGACUAUUAGGGAAGAAUGUGGGUAAAGUUUUUGUAUUAUUUACGUAACCUUUCGGGUCCCCACGAAAUUGAUUUUAUUGCACGGAAGUUUGUGUCACGGAAGUUUUAGUGUCGUUGCCAUUUUGAGGACACCAAAGUUGACAACAAUAAGAUUCCAGAAGGCAACAAUGAGUAAUCUUUCCACCUUAUUUUUUUUUUCUUACUUUAAUGUCACUUAUUUCCAUGCUUUGCUCAUCGAGGAUACACUUUGGGUCUAUAUCAGUUUUUUAUUUUCCUAUGAUGUCAUUUUAUGGUCCUCAGUAAUAAUAAUAAUGACGGAUGUUGGAGAGCCGAUGUGGUGGAUAUGGCGUUAUGUGGUGACAGUGAUGGGCCGAGGGCUGGUUUUCUCUCCCACGGCCUCAUCCCUGCCUUGCUCAUGAAGAGACGCUUAGCUAUUCUACUACAUAACUGCUCUAGACUGAUGUUAUGGCUUCUUGAAUUGGUAUUGAGUCACGUAAUUGCAAGUCGCAUUUUGACAGUUUUACAUGGAAGUCCUACAAUUUGUUCUUUUAUAUGUAUCUUUUUUUAUUUUAUUGAGAGCAUGAUUAUGAUAAACUGUGAACGAUGUCAGUCUGCAUUUCAAUAUCACUAUAAACGUGGCGCCGUGAUCGUAUACCCCAAUAAAUCAAUCAGUCAGUCAGUUAGUCAGUCAAUCAUCGUCAGUAUUAUGAAAGCCCAUAAGAAUAAUAGACAAUUUGUUCUGUUACGUUAUCUGCAUCAACUACGUACUGGUUAUUAUUAUCAUUCUCAGACCAAUACCGUCAAAUCAUGCUACAACGAAGGGAAACGAGAGGGAAUGCAAGGAGCGGGGAGGGAGGGAGUUGAUA